UUCAGGCAGCUCCCAGAGAAGCCCGAGAACACGUAUCUCUGCCAGAUCUACAACCUGACGCUCCUCUGCAUGGAGGAUUAUGUUGUUGAACCCCAGUCGGUGCAGUUCCUGGUGCAGCAUGGCUUUGACUUCAACAAGCAGUACUCCCAGGGGAUCCCUUACCACAAGGGCAAUGACAAGGGCAAUGAGAACCAGAGCCAGAGCGUUCGGACUUUUUUUCUGGAGCUCAUACGAGCAAAGAAGCCUCUCAUUCUCCAUAAUGGCCUGAUUGAUCUGGUCUUCCUGUACCAGUGCUUCUAUGCUCACCUCCCAGACAACCUCGGCACCUUCACUGCCGACCUCUCGGAAAUUAUAUACGAUACCAAAUAUGCUUCAGAGUUUGAGACUCGCUUUGUAGCAUCCUACUUGGAGUAUGCCUACAAGAAGUGCAAGCGAGAGAACUGCAAGCUGAAGGACUCCAGCGGCCAGCACCUCACUGUUGAGUUCUGCAACUACCCUGCCAACAUGUCCUGUUAUAUCGACUAUCGCCACUGCUCUCUGGAAGAAGAAAGCCACAAUGUGGGAGGGGGAAAUAAAGUGCCUGUCUGUGAGAAAUUUUCGGCCUAUGGCUGGUGUCCAAAAGGGGUGAAGUGUCCACAGUCUCAUAACAUUGACCUCAUAAUUGAUGAGGAUGACAAGCUUUGGGAGGAGAAGCGGAAGAAACGGAAGCACAAAUGGAAGCGUCGGAAGAACACAGAAGAGCCUGCUAAGGCGUUUGAACAGGAAAGCUCAGGGAAAGAAAUGGAGCUAGCUCAGAAUGGGGAGGAGGGACCGCCACGAAAACAGAGCUGCUAUGAGCCUGCAGCUGCUACAGAGCUGGCAGAGAUCACACCCAACAGUGAGGACAGGCCACUGGAGGAGAACUCCAUGGACGUGGAACCAGAGGUCAGCUCAGACACCAGCACACAACGGGAAGAGGACCUGGGGAGCACUGAAGGAACUGCUGCCCAGGUAGCAGCUGCUGUGAGCCCUUCUGCCAAGGGAAAUGCCUCUGACAGUGACCAAGUGGAGGGGAGGCCAGAGGUUCCCGCUGGGGUGGGCUCAGUCAAUCACCCAGACAUCCCUGAGACUGAAGCAGCAUGUGCUGCAGCACAGCAAAAGGAAACCCAUGGUCCACCUUCACAGGGCGGCACACACCGAGCUGGCUUUGAUGCAUUCAUGACUGGCUAUAUCAUGGCUUACGUCUGGAUGCUCAAGAAAGGAAAAAACACGGACGCUGGUGCAGGGCCCUGGUUGCCAGACUGCCACAAUAAACUGUACCUCAGUGGGAAAUCGGUGCCACUUCAAAUAGUGAAGAGCUUGUUUUCUAAAUCUUCCAAAGCUCACAGCCAGAAGAUGAAGGUGGCCUGGGCCAGUGGAUAGAGCUAGAGGACCCCUCCCUGAACUGGGCUUUUUUUUUUUCCCCUCAAGUUUUGAAGUUCUUUAUUCCAUCAAGAACUGACCAGAUGAGGAGCAAAUUUCUUACUCCUGUUUUUGUUUUAACUUCUGACCGAUUAAAUUGCUCUCAGUUGGA